GGGGGAAUCGCGCGCCAGGUGGGUCGCGGUUCCGAGUCUAUCCGAGACCUGAAGCAGUAAGUUACACUGAGCCGCUCGCUCUGAGAACAGGAACAUGCUGCGGUCCCGGUUCGGCUCGCGGUUCGGCUCGCGGUUGGUCUGCGCGCUGCUGUGGUGUGUGCUGGAUCUGUCCGCGUGCCGGAGGUUCGGGUCUGAGGACGGGGAGACAGUGGGGAGGAUUAACAGCGCGAGGUGCUUCUCCCGCUGCCUGACCCUCCAUAUAACCCAGCUUACCUCCACCUUCCAGCACCUGCAGAGUGAUGAGGUUCUGGGUUGGUGUGAAAAUCACAGGAGGUGUUCUCAGUGCCUUCAACCAUGCAAGGAAUUAUGGGAAACAAGAAAAGCCCUGUCUCACAAGCUCUGCGAGAAGCAUCACGAGUGUGUGACGAGUGCAGAGUUCCUGCUGUCGCUGCAGAGUCAGAAGCAGGGGGACUGUCCUGCUCCUCAGAGGGCUACAGGAUUCGCGGCGGCGUGUGUGGAGAGCUGCAGCUCAGACCGGGAAUGUUCUGCCUCCAAAAAAUGCUGCUCUAACGGCUGUGGCCAUACCUGCCAACCCCCAGCCAACCUGUUCAAAGGUGUCCCUCUGAAGCCAAGGAAAGACAUGACCUUUAUAGAGGACCAGUACGGGCAGCUGGAAGUGGCAUGGAUGUCCAAAUUCAAUGUGUCCAUUGAGCCAGUUCUGUAUAUUCUGCAGCGGAGGUGGAACGACGGGAUUCAUCCCAGUGAAGACGAUGCUUCCACCUGGUACACUGUUCUGAUGACCAUGGAGGAACGGGCCGUGCUGAAGGACAUCCGGCCUCAGCGGUGGUACCAGUUUCGAGUCAGCGCGGUCAACAGCCAGGGCACACGAGGCUUCACCACUCCCAGCAAGCACUUCUUCUCUACAAGAGAUCCGUUACCCCCCGAGACCCCGCAGAAGGCCCGGGUGGAGAAUGAGACCGUGCACGCUGAUGGCAGCGUGAGCAUGCUGCUCCGCUGGGACCCCCCCGCUGAGGGUGACCUGGUAGUUGACCGUUACAAGGUGACCUGGAGCGCCCGCGGCGGGCUAGCCGGCGGCCCGAACGGAAAGGAGAGCGGCCGGGUCACAGACGGGACUCUGACCGAGAUGCAGCUGGGUGGACUCCAGCCGGACACGCGCUACACAGUGCAGAUCCAGGCCGUCUCUUUCUCUGGGCAGAAGCGAUUAAAGAGUGGCCGGGCUCAGCUCUCCUUCACCACCGCUGCUGCUGCUUCCACUGGUUCCUCUCCUCCCUCUCGAGAAUUCUCCAACGAGCUGCCCAUCUCCCGCUCCUCUCCCAGCGUCCUGCGCCUGGAGGCCGCCGCCCCCCACUACCACGACAAUCAGCUGCAGGUCAAGGUGUUCUGGAAGAGUCGAGUCUCAGAAAGUCAGAAAGCAUCUUCUUCGUAUUUGUUAAGUUGGUAUCCAGAAGUUUGUGGCGGUAACGUGACCAAAAGAGAGAAAAUGGCUACUGUACAGGGCACACAUUUCAUCAUCACAGGCCUCCUUUUUGCCUGUAAGUACAAGGUGGCGGUGAUGCCCCUUUCAGAGCAUGGGCAUCGGGCAGGAGCCGUGACCUCCGUCACCACCCCGCAUUGCUCAACACUGAAAGGCCGGGGAAAGAAACUCGUAUCCUGUGCCCGGGAGGAGCGCCACCUGCAGGUGAAGAAAGCCCUGCAGCGCCCGGAGAAGCUGAGCGCAGUGUUUCAGACAGUGAACGGCUCGGUGGAGGGUCUGUUCAGCUGGCAGGUGUCUGAAGCUUCCCCAGGUCAGACUCCCAUCACAGGGUUCCAGUUCUCCUGGAUUAAAGUCUCCAGCAGUAGCAGUGCUGUGGAUCAAUCUCCAGACACACUCAUCUCUCAGUCGCUGAAUCUAGCUCCUGGUCAGCUCUCUCUCAGGGUGGAGCGGCUGCAGCCAGAGAGCGUUUAUAAGGUGCAGGUUCAGGUUCUGUCUGAAACAGGAAGUGGGCCUUCAGUAGCCAGGAUGCUGCACACUCCACAGCUUAAUGCCACACUGCUAUGAGACUCCUGUACAGAUUUGCAUCAUCAUCAUCAUUGUAAAGCUUCUCCCUGUGGUGCAUCUCUCUCCGGUCUUCUCCAGUAUAAGCAGCUCCUGCACUGGUGCUUUAGUGCCACGGUUUUGUUGCAUGAAGAGAACAUCAAAGGUUUAAAUAUGUGAACCAACAACCUUGUUCAUGAACUGUUCAGAGAAGUUUAAAAUGUAUAAUUUAAUCCUGAUUUAUCAUGUAAAAAUGUGUAGCACUGAUGUGUGUAGUAUGUAGUGAUACAGUAGCUCUGUGCUGUUUAUUUUUGUUAUCCUGUUAGAACAUAUAUUGCUUUUACAUAUAUUUAAUAUGAACGCCUGUCUACGAAUAAUGUUAUAAAUUAUUAUAUUAUAUUACAGCUUAACAUUUUUUACAGGUCAUGUUCAGUCUACUUUAUUAUAACAUAUUUAUUUUAAUGCACACAAGUGUGAGGUAUCCAUGAUUACAAUUUCACUGUUAAAAUAUUUAGAGGAUAAUUAGCUAAUUAUACUCUAUACUAUCAUUGUUGUAGAAAAUAAGUACAUUUUUGCAAAUAAGUAAAUAAGCACUGGCUGAUGUUAAAAACAACAUAUUGCCAGGGCUGCAUAUAUGACAUCAUGUUUAAAUUGAAUACAUACACAAGUAUUUAUAACAAGUAAAAAAAAUGUGGUGCUGUGUUUGAAAAAAAAAAAAACAUUAAAAAUUAAAAUAUAGGAUGAUUUAUCAAUGUUUAAAGUGCCAGAUAUAUAAAACCAUUGUACGUGUUAUGUUACACAUUUUUAUUACACUGUGGCAGUUUUACUUUUGUACAAAAAUGUUGUAUGUAAAAUGUAAAUAUUGCAUUUGAUGUUGUGUUUAGUGUCAUAAUGUUACAAAUAAAUGUUAACAUAUAAGUUCAUAUUCUGACUGGUGAUACUGAUUGGAUUAUGUAAGCAGAACAUGUAGCCCCUGGGAAAUAUUGUGGGAUGUGUGUGUGUGCGCGUGUGCUGACCAACAUUACAUUAUGAGAGAGGUGCUGAUGGCAAGCAGUAUGAU